GUAACACGAGGAGCAACAGCACCAGCCAAAUUAUCCAUUUCCUCUGAACGGUAGCGUGUCCGCAUGUGAGCAUGCGCAUGAAUGUGUUUUGGAAUUUCAUCAAAUUUAGCACUCAUUAAUCAUAAAUAAAUUUGUUCAUACCCAACGAAAGUCUUGGGGUCGCAUAUUUAAUACCGUUCCUAAAUUCAGCUACGGUAACCUACAGUCAGCAUGGCAUCACUUCGAUUGGUGAAUAUUUUGACGCUUGCCAUAGCGGCAGUGGUGAUCAUUUUACCCACACAGCUGGAAGCCUAUUACACACAGAAUACAGGUUGCCACCACAAUGGCACUUGGUAUGCCGACAAAUCACUGGUUCCCACAACCGAGAAAUGUCUCAACUGCCAGUGCACCAAAAAGACGUUGGUGUGUCGCCUGAAAGUUUGCCCUGAGAUGCCGAUGCCGCCGCCUCGUGGCUGUGUUGUUGUCCAAAAGAAGAACACAUGUUGUCCGUAUCUGUCGUGCGCACGAUUGGAUGCCUUUUACAAGAUACCGGCCACGCGACGUAUUAUCGCUUAUUUGGAUCAUUACGAGCGUGAAUCAAUUGAUCGCGUAGUCAAUGACAAUAUGUUGCAGAGGCGAUCCGAUGAUACUGAAGUGGAUUUGUAUGUGUGCGUUAAAAACGGAACCGUCUACAAAUCUGGAUCAGCUAUGUCAUCGUCAAAUCUCUGUAGCUACUGCUACUGCAUCGGUGGCACCGAGAAAUGUGUUAAACCCAAAUGUAUGCUCCCCUUGGAGGGAUGUAAGCCUAUAUUUGUUGACUCAACCUGUUGUCCGGUACGCUAUGACUGCAGCACCAAACAGACAGGAAAAUCUUCGCAAGAAGUGCGUUAUCGCAAAACAUCCAACAAGCAUUACAUGCGAAUGUCGCAACGAUUGCAGCGUAAUCGUGGCUGUACAGUGGGCCAACAGUUCUAUGCCGAAGGACAGAAAAUGAAAUCGGAUAAAGACAAGCCAUGCGACAUUUGUUUCUGCAUACGAGGGCAGAGAAAAUGUGCUCCCAAAAAAUGUGCACCAGCAUUGAGGAAUUGCAUACCAGUGGUACCCAAGGGUCAAUGUUGCCCUUCCAGUUAUGACUGUGGCAGUCAGCGGGAUUACAGGAGAUCCCAGAAUUCUAGGCAAUUUAAUUUAUUCUCUAUGCUCUUUGGCAAAGAUGAGGACCAAGAUCCCAGUGCUGCUUCAGAAAUAGACGUUCAAUAUCCACCAGAUAGGCAUCCGGAAGUGGUGGAACACUCUGUAAAAACAAAACCCACUAGCCCUUUGGAGUUGACCACAGAGAAAAGUAUUUUUGACACUUUACGCGAGGGUUUGGAAUUUAUCGAUAACAACAACAAUCAAAUGCUGCAGGACAACUUGGAUUUGGUAGGUGCUCAACCAUUGCCCACACCCAUCCCUUUGGGUUUGGUAGAGAAACCUAGCGCCACCACUGAAUUAAAUUUUUUGGACCUUCUCUUGGGUCCUUCCGAAAAGAAUGCCGAAGAAAAUUCCUCAGAAGAAAGUCAAGAUCAGGCAAAAACAACAUCAACGACAGAGGCAGGUUUAUCUUGGGUCGACUUGUUAUUGGCACCCGAUGAGGCGGAGGCAGCAGUUAGUUCAACAGUCUCGGAUAAAAUUGAUCUUCUUGAUGCUUCCACUGUAAAAGAUAUGACAGAUUUUGAUGGCACAAUCUCCAUAGAUCGUGUCGAUGCGCAUAAUUACACGGAUGUAGAGGAAAAUUUAGGUGUUCUCAAGGCGGAAGAUCAAGAGAAAGAUUUCAUUACCACUACCGAGGGUGAAGCAAGUAGUGAGCCGAUGAUAGGCGAAGAUACAACCCAAACCUUGCCAACGACGUUAACCGAGACCACAGAGGGUGUUAAAUCCACAGAGCCGAUUCACUCGGAAAUCAGCAGCAGCACUAAGGUACCCGCUAAGGUUAACACAACGCAAAACCACAAAGAAGAGCACAAUUCAGUUAGUUCCACCGAAACUGCAACACACAUAAGUUCCACUAUGCAAUCUGAAGUGGCCUACAAAACAGAAGUUAGCCCACAUAGUGACCAACCUGUUGUAGUAGCCCAAGAAAAUGUCACAACAAUGAAACCCAAUAAGGAGCCUGACUUUUUGACGGCACUUCUAGAUGGUAUUACAGGCAUUUUAGCCAAUGACAAUCCAGUGCGGAAUACAACAGCUGUUGGUAAUCAAACUAUUCAUAAAAUUCCAGCGGCAGUUGGGCAGCUGCCUACCCCUAAGCCAAUGCCUUUCUUCAAGCCUUUGCCCACAGAUAAGACCCACAAUCGCAUCAAUUCUAAAAUAUCCAAUUUAACUGUGAAACCUCCCAUGAUUUCGACCAAAGGUUUAGUAAAUUCAACCUUCAGGCCUUUGCCACCACAUUUAAGUAAAAAUCCUAUCAUACCCAUUUCGGAGAGUCUUUACACUUCAACCAAUGCACCAGUUGCAAUAACCACUAGCAGUACAUCACCGCCUAUUUCGAGCACAACUUCAAGUUCUACCUCCUCGGCUGCGGCACACUUAACGCCAUUACUGUCUACUACCAUUAAACCGUUGGUAAUCAAAACAAAUCCCACCAUAUUGGAAGCUGAACCCCUGGAUAGCAGUGCUGAUCACACCCUGCCUCCAAGUCUACCCAAUCUAAAAAUCAUACCAUUUUUACCCACCGAUGCUGUGAAAGCAGAUCACAGCAAACCCCCGUCCUAUGAAUUUUAUCAUCAUGCGGCAGGCCCAACCUCAAGAAUCGACUAUGACCAAUAUGAAGAUGCCAACAUAUAUCCCUCGAUAACUGAAAAAUAUCCUCUCUAUCCUGAUCUUGAAGAUGGCAGCAAGGCCGAAUACAUUUACAAAUUCAAUGUAGAAGGUCCUGAUUCCUUGGUCUCAUCGACAGCUGGCAAAUUUGAUGGCAACUUAGGUUCUCCAGCCUUUGUGAAAUAUGAUUUCGUAGCCGCAGGCAGACAACCGCCGAAAGGCUUUUCGCCGCCUACAAAAACCGAAGGUGGAUUUGUACCCAAAGAUCCCUUGUUAUUGUUAGACGAUGAUCACGAUAAUGUCAGUGUGAAUGUUGGUGACAGUUAUCAGGUAACACAGCACAUCAUAGACAUCACAACAUCGGGUGAUGUUCUCAAUACUACGAAAGUUAUAGAAAUCACAACACCGGAUCCGUUCAAAGAUGUCAUACGCACAGAACUACCACCAGAUCUCACAUCACUAAUUGAGGACAAACUGAAAAAUUUGAUAGCCCAUUCGAAUACAAGUUUGCCCCAAUCCUCAAAUGAUGAAGUACAAAUCUCCUUCGACAUGAGCAUGGAUGACAAGCCAAUUCCAACAAUGGCUCAUUUCCAUAAAGAUGCAAUUGAUCGCAAGGACACAGUGAUUGACAAGCCAAACAAAAACAAGGAAGAUGUAGAUGAAGUGUUAUCCUCACAAUCCACACCAGAGGAUAGUGACCAAAAGGCGGGUAAUAACGGGGAAAAGGUAAAGGAGUUGGCGGCGACAGAAACUCACGCAGACGAGGUUAGCUCUGUGACCGUACCACCGUUUAAAUCCUUGCCACAGGCCGUUGUGCAACACAUGGAUAUGGAAACAACAGCAACAACAUUUAUAAGCACAGCAACAACAACCACAACAACGGAAACUACAGCGCCACUCUCAACGUCAACGGCAAAUUUGCUGGCCAAACAACCUACAAUGGAGUCAGCAGCAAUCAGUGCGCCCAACAAAAGGCCAUCAUUCCUUAAGAGUAAUCGCAAUAAAACAAUUGCCAGUGGAGCAGCAGUGACAGGCACAUCGAGCAACAAAUUCAAACAGCCACAAUUGAAACUGACCAAAAACAAAGUAGCGGGCACUCAUGUGCAGCCAAAUGCAACGACAACAGAUACAAAGAUAUCGCCCUCCUCGUCGUCGCUGUCAUUUGGCGCAGCAUCAUUGUCAAAGGCAAAGGCCAAUGCAACGCGACGUGUAACAAGUCCUAAACCGACAAGGCACUAUAAACCCACCUUUAGGCCUAAAACCGCUGCAUCAACAACAACCACCAGCCAUCCGGCAUUAAGGUUGGCCAAUACCACAACAAAAACGAUCUACACAAACAAGGGAACACCAGCACAACGAAUAAAUGGGACAAAUAUUGAAUCAAACGGCGCAUCGAAGAACACCAAACGUACUGGCAAUCGACCAAAAACGAGUAACCAAAAUAAGAAAGCCACCAUGAAUAUUCCAGUAAAUGCAACCGCGACAGCAAUCUCAACGUCAACAUCAACAACAACAACUGCAGCAACAACGUGGCAACCGACAACAAUGAGAACAUCUACCAUAAUGUAUAGGACAUCUUCAUCGCCAUCACCAUCAACAUUGCCAACUCCGCGACCAGUAUCAAGCACGGCACAUCCAUUUUUAAUGUCACCCUUUGACAAAUUGCCCUUCAUGGAUGCCAGCUUUGAAGUGAAACGCAAUUUCACAACACCUUCGUUUGUGACUCCCAGCCAAAAAUUUGUGGUGGCCACAGGAUAUGAAGAUUCGUCAGGCUCAGCGUAUUCCCUUAGCCCAUCUUCGUCUGCUGAAACGCCCUCAUCCAUGUUAUCGUCCCAUUCUUAUACAUCAACGUCUGGGAACCAUGUCAAAUUAUUGGGCACCUCAAAUCUCCACCCAUCUGGAUUGCCAGCCAGCCCUCUGCUGGCCGAACCCCCUGCCCAACGUUCACAGCCACAAACUGCUAUAGUGCAGGGCCACACUGCGGAGGUGUCAACAUUGCCGCCACGCCAAACCACUCAGCAACAGUCGGCGCUGAAUCAUUUAAUUGAUCCCAAUGGUAUUUUAAAAUUAGCUGGUUGUAAUAUUUACGGUCGCAUGUAUAGGGUUGGUCGCAUCAUUCUCGAAUUGUCCUCCCCCUGUCAGGAGUGUCGAUGCACCGAGAUUGGUGUGAAAUGUGCACCACUGGAUUGUUAAUCUGGUCAUCGGCAUUGGAGAAUAUCCGUUUGUAUACCCCGCAACACCAUUGAUUUGCUGUUGUUGUUGACAAUGUAUCCCUCCAUUUAGUAUUAUCGAGAACUACGAGGAGAUUUGUGGCAAGGACGGGCAUUGCUAUUUUAAGUUCAACUUACUACAAAUGCUUUAAGGAUUAAUAUAAUAUUUAUAUUAGAGAGUAGCAGUUUUUAGCUCUUAAGUCUAAGUUUAGUUGUAUAUUUUAAGGUUUAGAAAUUAAACACAAUUACUGAUAUCCUUAAACUUUUAGUUUUCAGAAAAAAAAAACUCAGAUUUCUUUUUUCACAGUUUGGUCAAAAAGUGUCUUUUCUAAAUUGAAUUUAGAUCAUUGGAUUCCUUAUUGUGUUUAAUUUUCAGUUUUAACCACAAUUCAUGUUUCCCAUAGCUUAAACUUUCUAAAUCAAACAAAGACUUUUUCUAAGCUCUGGUUAGAGUGAAGAGAAAUGCCUUCUAUCUCUGUUAUAACAUUUGCAAAUUACUUUACUUUCAUUGACCUUUACAGAACAUUUACUUCUCUAACUGACGUAGAAUCGAUUUCCUUGCGCCUCGUUCUUCUUCGCUCAUUACCCAAUCUCUGAUACCCUGUUUCGCGAUAUCUUUCUCCACUUGGUCACUCGAUCAGAGCUUUGGUGUUCCCCUUUGCUUUUUCUAUUACUACCUGAACAGGGCCCGCUCCUUCUGCGCCUUCUUAAACUCUCUAAUAUCUUUUUAGGCUGGGGACACUUCACCCUGAAUGUGGAUAUCGAAUUCGUGCGACUGUAGCCUAUGUCCGCCUAGGACGUUGAACGCCUGCAUUCGAAUCCUGGCGGAACUUCUGAUAAAAUUUAAAGCGGUAGGUAUCCCCUCUUAAUGCUGGCGACAUUUCCGAGGUACCAUGCUAUGCAUUGUCAUGUUAAAACUUCUCCCCAAAGAGGUGUCACACUGUGGAACGCCGUUUGGACUCGGUUAUAAAAAAGGUGUGUUAUCGUUGAUAAACUCAACUUGAAUCGAAAAGCACUCAUUAAUGUGUGAGAAGUUUGCCCCUGCUCGGUUCCUGGGCAAAUUUUUACUCUACUCCCAAAUCCCUUUCUUUUGAGUCCCAUAUUGCCGUAUUGGUAAAUAGU